CAAAGUCAAUGCUGUUACCCUAUUGAAUUUCUCUGGCUAACGGCACCAACUUGAAGAGAAAGAAGAGAAAGAUAAUAGCUUGCUUUUGCUUUUUCUUCCUGGUCUCGGUCUGCGUCUGCAACAUACUGGAACCCUCCAUCCCAUCCCAAUUCCCCCUUCUACAUGCAACGCGGGGACGGGCAAUUCAUCCCCGAGUUUUGCAGCAAAGCUCCUCCCGUCCGAAUUGCCCUGUCCCUCGUGUGUGGCGGCGGGCGCAUUCUCCAGAGCGCGCGCGCGCGCAGAAAACAAGCUCCAUUUUCUCGCCUUUGUCUAUGCUCCAUCGCAUAUCGCACACACACCUUGACCUUGACACUCCCACCCCUGACCCGGGCUGCACCGCGCAACGUGAUUGGCCAACACGCUUGCGCAACAGCAACCUCCCCCCAACGACGUCUCUUCUUUUUCUUCUCUGGUUUCUCCCCUUCUUUUUUUCUUUUUCCACUUUGACUUUCUCCUUUCCCCAAACCACUUACUAUUGUAACCUGCAAUCCAUCCCAGUCGCGUAACCUCCGCGACCCCCAACUCUUUCUCUCUACCUCCAGCCUCCAACCCCCAAUCAAUAUUGAUAUCUCAUCACACAGCCAUCAAAAAUGCCCGUCGAACUCCGCAAGCGCAAAGCUCCCCCUCCUCCCCCUGAGCCUCCCGCCAAAAGGGCCACCGCUACCAAGAAGGCCGCUGCGCCCAAGACGGCCGCGGCAAAGGUGAAGGACGCGGUGAAGGAAACCGUCACCAAGGUCACUGAAGCGGCCACUUUCACCAAUGGCGCUGCGGCCGCCUCUGCCGAGAAGCCUGCUGUUGGUGAUGUAAUCACUCUUGAUGGUUUCGGGGGGGAGAUCGCCCUCCAAACCGGCGACUCCACCACCCUCGCCGCGCUGGCGGAAAAGUCAAAGAAGGGAGUCGUGCUGUUUACUUACCCCAAGGCUUCCACUCCUGGCUGCACCCGCCAAGCCUGCAUGUUCCGCGACGAGUACACCGCCCUGGCGACCGAGUCCGGGUUUGACAUUUAUGGCUUGUCGACUGAUUCGCCCAAGGCGAACACCACGUUCAAGGAGAAGCAGAAGCUGCCGUAUGAGCUGCUCUGUGACCCCGGCGCGACGCUGAUUGGGGCGAUUGGGCUGAAGAAGGCGCCCAAGGGGACGACGAGGGGGGUGUUUGUUGUUGAUAAGGCGGGGAAGGUGCUUGCUGCGCAGGCGGGGAGCCCCGAGGGGACGGUCAAGGUUGUGAGGGAGAUUGUCGAGGGGUUGAAUGGGGAAGAAAAGGGGGAGAGUGGGGAGGAGAAGAAGGGGGAGAAUGGGGAGGAGGAGAAGGUGGUGGUAGAAGGGGGGAAGAAAGAUGAGGAGAGGGCAGAAGAGAAGAAGGAGGAGGCGGCGGCGGCGGUGGUCGAUGAGGAGAAGGAAGAGGAGGUGGAGAAGAAGGAGGAAGACGAGAAGAAGGCAGAGGAAAAGAAGGAGUAAACUGUGGGAUACGUUUAUUUUGAGGGGUGUUUGCGAUAACGGCUUGAUUCUUUUUUCUCUAUGAGGGAUACCUAGGUAUAAAAAACGGUACCGGCAAUUUUGUAUUUCCAUUUUCUUUGGACACGUUUAGGAACAAAUUUGAUGUGCUAUCAAUUGCUCGGUUGCAGAUGCCGAUUGAGCACUUCAAAGUGCUUGCAGUGCCGUCUGUGGAUAUGUAAGACGACAAAAUACGACCCGUUCCUCGAUGCAUGUAGGAAACGAUGCGAAAUACUACCAACAGACUCUGAAUCGAUACAUGACUCUUGCUGGCUAUGCAAAAAAUGUAGCUCCAUCCAAAAACAAAAGUUCGAGCCAACGUCGAGAGGCGCUAGCCCCACUCAGGGGUAAAGUAAACAAGCCCCUGUCGACUCUCACCUCUGACCCAACAACUCGGAUGAAAACCAGUGGGUGAGAACUAUCUGUUUUGACGCUUCCUUGUCCC